AUGAAGCUCCAACUAACGUUUUUUAUCAACAUGUCUGUGGCAUACGAAGAUGGAAUGGCUGGGAUUGUGUGGUUCAGUUAUUCGCUCGAGAUGUUGAUCUAUUUGAUGACCUUCGUCACCGUUCCAAUAUGUCACUACAUUGCAUCGACGGCUCAUCUACUGAGACGUGUCCUCUCGGUUUACAAAUCCUUUCUUUUACGAGGACAUAUG